AUGACAUUUUUAUUACAAAUGAUUGUGAUAUUAGUGCUCUCUUAUGUAGCUUACAAAUUUAUUAAAAGCCAAAGAAAUUUAAAGAAUUGUUUGCCAAAUAAGGUAGUUCUGAUAACAGGAGCAUCCUCAGGAAUCGGUGAAGCUUUAGCUCACUCUUUUUAUGUUGCCGGCUGUCGACUGAUCUUAACAGCACGCAGAAAGGACGAGCUUGAACGUGUUAGAAAAGAUUUACUUGAGAUUCAUUCUACAAAAGUGACACAUCCGCCAGUUGUGAUUACUAUGGACCUUACAGAUAUCAAGUCAUUAAAAGAAAAGGCUGAACAAGCGUUAAACAUUCAUGGACAAAUCGAUAUUGUAGUCAAUAAUGGAGGAAUUGUGUAUUAUGGUGAAGUUGUGAAUACAAAGCAUGAAGAUGUUAUGAAGGUCAUGAUGACAAAUUAUUUUGGAACUGUUGAGCUCACAAAAGCUUUUCUUCCGUCAAUGAUUAAAAAGAAAAAGGGCAGAAUUGUUUGCAUUUCUAGUGUCAAUGGGAAAAUUGCUACGCCUUAUGCUGCUCCAUAUGCUGCAUCUAAAUUUGCAUUACAAGCUUUCUGUGAUUCUCUUCGUGCUGAAGUCUAUGAUGACAAUUUAAAAGUCACAAUAAUUAGUCCUGGAUAUGUAGCAACUCCAAUUCUUAGAAAUGGAAUCACAUCAACUGGGAAACUUCCAGAAAAAAGAGAUCCAGACAUAAGUGAUGGAAUUAGACCUGAUGAUUUAGCAAAUGGUGUAUUAAGAGCAGUAUUAGAUGACAAAAAGGAUGUGAUCAUAUCCCAACUUUAUGUUGAAGCUGCUUAUUGGCUUAGCUUUUUAUGUCCAAGCUUAUUUCAUUGGAUUAUGACAAUUCGUGCACGCACCGGACAAGAUAAACCAUAA